AUGGAACAACGUCGUUCUGUUCAUCAUCACAUCAUUUCUUCUCGUUUCCUCUAUUCUUCGUCUAUACUGUGGUGUAGUUUCGUCCUCGUGUUGUUAUUUACGACAACUACAAAUGCUUUAGUGAAACUUCCGAAAAACGCGACCUUUCCGGCGAUCAUAGUGUUCGGAGAUUCAAUAGUCGAUGCCGGAAACAACGACGAUAUGAUAACGGAAGCUAGAUGCGAUUAUCCUCCUUAUGGCAUUGAUUUCAACGGUGGAGUUCCUACGGGAAGAUUCUCCAAUGGCAAAGUCCCCACUGAUAUUUUAGCGGAAGUAUUAGGGAUUAAACCAAGUAUACCAGCAUAUCGGAAUCCAAAAUUAAAACCAGAAGAACUUCUAACCGGUGUAACAUUUGCUUCUGGUGGUGCUGGUUAUGUUGAUUUGACAACAAAAAUAGCGGGAGGGAUACCGCUAUCGCAACAAUUGAAAUAUUUUGAAGAAUAUUUAGAGAAAUUGAAGAAAAUGGUUGGAGAGGAGAGGACAAAGUUCAUAAUUCAGAAAAGCUUGUUUGUUAUUAUAUGUGGUAGUAACGAUAUAGCAAAUGACUUCUUUAUUGUCCCUACGAUUCGGCUCCAAUACGAUGUCAAUUCUUUCACGGCUCUUAUGGCCAACAAUGCUCGCUCUUUCGCUCAGGCACUCUAUGGAUAUGGAGCAAGAAGAAUACUUAUGUUUGGUGCACCACCGAUAGGAUGUGUCCCUUCGCAGAGAACCGUAGCAGGUGGACCAAAAAGAGAGUGUGUUGAUAGGUUUAAUGAUGCAUCAAAACUUUUCAAUACUAAGCUCUCUGCAAAUCUUGAUGAUUUGUCAAGAACUCUACAAGACACGACGUUGAUUUACGUCGACAUCUAUAAUCCUCUUCUUGAUAUCAUUUUAAAGCCUCAACAAUAUGGAUUUAAGGAGUCACAUUUAGGAUGUUGCGGAACCGGACUGAUAGAAGUGACUGCACUGUGUAACAGCUACACAGCUAAAGUAUGUCCCAUAAGAUCGGAUUAUGUGUUUUGGGACAGUUUUCAUCCAACUGAAACUGCUUACAGAAUUAUAGUUGCAAAACUUCUUGAUAGAUAUCUCAGCAGAUUCAUCUAA